CCAAGCCCUGAUUGGCUGAGCUGCCCGUCAGGUUAACCAACCGGAGCAGGGGGCGGAGCUCUCAGAGUGGACUCGGAGCGCAGAACAUCUGUGCGCUCCUCAGCUUCGGCUUCAUCUCGUCCGCAUCACGCAGCUUCGCUUCUCUCUGCGGUGAUGAGAAGCAAGAGCGCGGCUUAACUUCCGGGAGUCACGGCGGGAUGUCUGGGAGCGGCGCCCCGCGCGCCAUCUGAGCACACCUGGAGCGCGAGCGCUGUUCGAGCGCGCGGACAGGAGGAGACAUGAGGAGGAAGGAGGUGUCCGCGAGGGGCUCCCUGAUGGGCUGGAAGCUGCUGCUGCUGGUCAGUGUGAGCCACUGCAAGGAGAUGGAGAGCGCUGCUAGGGCACGGCAAGUUCCGAUGUCUCCCUCCGACUUUCUGGAUAAACUGAUGGGAAGGACGUCCGGAUAUGAUGCUCGCAUCAGACCAAACUUUAAAGGUCCUCCAGUGAACGUCUCCUGUAACAUUUUCAUCAACAGCUUCGGGUCCAUCGCUGAGACCACCAUGGACUACCGUGUGAACAUCUUCCUCCGCCAGCAGUGGAACGACCCCAGACUCAGCUAUGCAGAGUACCCGGACGACUCUCUGGACCUGGACCCAUCCAUGUUGGAUUCCAUCUGGAAACCAGACCUGUUCUUUGCCAACGAGAAGGGAGCCCACUUCCAUGAAGUCACCACCGACAACAAACUCCUCAGGAUAUUUAAGAACGGCAACGUUCUGUACUCUAUAAGACUCACAUUAACCCUCUCGUGUCCCAUGGAUCUGAAGAACUUCCCGAUGGAUGUCCAGACGUGCAUCAUGCAGAUGGAGAGCUUCGGUUACACCAUGAACGACCUGAUCUUUGAGUGGCAGGAGACCGGGCCGGUCCAGGUGGCCGAAGGCCUCACACUCCCACAGUUCAUCCUCAAAGAUGAGUCGGACCUGAGAUACUGCACCAAGCACUACAACACCGGUAUGUUCACCUGCAUCGAGGUGCGCUUCCACCUGGAGCGACAGAUGGGUUACUACCUGAUCCAGAUGUACAUCCCCUCUCUGCUCAUCGUCAUCCUGUCCUGGGUCUCUUUCUGGAUCAACAUGGACGCAGCCCCGGCCCGGGUGGCACUGGGCAUCACCACCGUGCUGACGAUGACGACGCAGAGCUCCGGCUCCAGGACGUCUCUGCCGAAGGUCUCCUACGUGAAAGCCAUCGACAUCUGGAUGGCUGUGUGUCUCCUCUUCGUCUUCUCUGCGCUGUUGGAGUACGCUGCCGUCAACUUUGUGUCGAGGCAACACAAAGAGUUGCUGCGCUUCAGGAGGCAACACAAGAGCAAGAACAGCAGUGUCGAUCCGGAGGAGCUAGCCAAGUCCCUGCAGCGCGUUAAUGCCGACAACGACCUCAAAGCGGCAGAGCCUCUGUACGGAUCUAUGAGCAACAUCUACGGAAGUCACCACAGGGAAGGGGAGGUCCAUGAGAGCCGGCCGACCUCCACAGCUGCUGUGAAAUCCACUCCCAGCAGCACCAAGGACUCCAAAGUCAGCACCAACAAUGCUGUAGCAGUGCUGAGCACCCCAGGAGGAGCCAUCAACACUUCCCAGAAUCCACCUGGAGGAGGAGGAGGUAAAAGCACUGAGGAGAUGAGGAAGCUGUUCAUCGACCGAGCCAAAAAGAUUGACACGGUGUCGAGAGCUGGCUUCCCUCUGGCCUUCCUCUUCUUCAACAUCUUCUACUGGGUCCUUUACAAAAUCCUGAGACACGAAGAUUUCCAUAAGCCGUGAAGAAGAGUCCUCUGAGGAUCAGUCAGGAUGAUCCUAACAUCUCAGCUCUGAGGGGGUCAAAAUUUAAAACCCACUUGGAUCUGUUUAACCGAACACUGUUUGCCAUGAUAAUCAGAGAACUAGUCAGUUUCAUUAGCCUGAUGUUAAAACUCAGGACGUGAUGUUGUAGAUCUGCAGGAUGAAGCAGGAGACUGCUUGAUGUUCUCCCAAAACCACCAAAGAUAACCCAGACUGACCGAAAACAGGAUUUCAACUCCAACAAGGCAGCUCCUCACAGCAGCUGAUCCAAUGAAGGAUGAAGCAUCGCUCAGGUCCUGUAACAGGUCUUUCAUGGACCUUCAGAUACGCUUCAUGGGUUUUUAGUUCAGACUCUUCUUAUUUUGCCUCACUGGUCCCAAAACAUUUGCACAGUGCAGCUCCAUCAUCAUGUGUGUUUCUGCUCAUUUCACUCCGGUCAGUUCAUCCAGAUCAUUCUGGACCCACAGUAUAUCCAGGUGUCAAACAGCCAGUUACCUCUGCGGACCCCUUCAGGUGAUUCUGAUGAUGUUAGAAGGUAACCUGACCUGCAGCUCCUCUGACUGACUCAUCUUCCUCAUCAGGAUCAGGAAGUAAAACGCUCUCAUUGUUUUCUAUAAAAUGUUCAUUCUGUCACAAACACUUUAAUAAUGUAAAGCCUUCAUUUUCUCAUUUUAUUUUAUUUUAUUUUAUUUUAUUAAGAAAUAAGAAAAACUUCGGCCAGUAAAAAGGUUUAAAAAACCUCAAAAAUGCAAGUCAAAACCUUUAUUAAUUAAUUAAAAUGUUUUUAUUUUGCAGAUAAAAGGAAAAAAUCAGGCAGUAAAAUAUAAACGAGAAAUGAUUCAAUUUAUUUGUUACUAUUGGCCUUUAUUUUUCGACAGUAGGUAGACAGGAAAGAAGGCAAAGAAAAGGAGACGUUUGGCAAAGGUUGCCGAGACCUGGACUCAAACCCGGGUCAGCUGAAUCAAGGAUUAGAGCCUCUGCACAUGGUCACACACUUAAAUUUAACUUAAUGAUUUUUUUUCUUUUUGACUUUGUGAAAUAGGAGAAACUCUGAUAUUUUUGAAGAAAUAUUUCUUAAUUUGUGAUUUCUUUCCCUACUCAGCUGUUCUGAAAUUAAAUGUUGGAUUAUUUAUUAUUUUUUACAGUGAAGAGAUUCUGCUGCAGUCGGUGUUUUUUUACACUCGUUUAGAGCUAAAUGUGUUUGUUCAUUUCUGUCAAUGCUGCUAAAUGUCAGCUCAACAAAAGAAGAAGAUGCUGUAAAGAUGAAGGUCAAUCUUUGGACAUUUUAUUUCCUGACCUUCAUCCAUCCUUUAUGGACAGCUGUGGUGCUGAGAAGAUCAGAGAGGAACACCAGUCUCUGUUUCCACCAGCACCAACUCAGCGUGGUUCUGUUCUUCUGUUCUUUGCGCCUCAGCAUCACAGCUCUGGACCUGCUUGCUGAAGUUCACUCUGCAUGAAGAGGUCAGAGCAGGACCCGAAGCGCCAGAUGUUCUCCAGGAUACACAUGAUCUCUCUUUCUGGGACCUGCUGGAGGUGAUUAUUGGUCCUGGUUGCUGAACUCUCACCUGCAGCUGCGGCAGAACCCGUGCAGGAAACAGAACCGGGCUCCCAAAGUAAAGUUUAUCAGGAUGGUUUUGCUAAAACAUCCCGUGUAGUGGUUUUGUUUUCCAGAUUUAUGUUUCUGGUUGUGUCAGCGGUCUGUUAUCAAGUCAUUGAUGAGAUGUUCUUCUGUGCAACAGAAGAUCCCUCAAAGUAAAAUAUACGUCCUGAGCACAACUAGAGGAGAAUCAUUCUGCUUUUUACAGCUCUGCUCAUCACAGAUAGUUUGAGUCUCUCCACCCUCUUCCUCAGGGUGGGUGCCUUCUCUGACCUCUGACCCACAGCUAUGGCAGCCCAAAGCCGUAAGCUUUGGGCUGCCAUAGAAAUUCUUGUGGUUCUAAUAAUGUGGAAGCUCAGACCAGCACACAUCAAACAUGGGGCAAAAUACCCGACUCCCUGUUUGAUUCUAGGAUGAUUUCACUUAUCCACAGACAGCAGGUUCUGAUCCAUCUUACAGGAACAAUCCGAUCAUGGGACCCGUGUUUAAGUGGUCCACAUCGGUAAAACACCACAGGCAGGAAUGUUGAAGCAGCUGAUGAGCCCUGUAACUGUAAACGUAUUCAUACCCCUUGAUUCAUUUGACUUUGUUAAAACCACUAACUCCAGUUUAUUUUACUGGAUUUUAUGUGACAGACCAACAGAAACUGGUUCUGAACGGUUAUACAUGCAUUUAAAGAGGAUAUAUGAUGUUUCUGAAUCCUUCCUUAUCACCUUAAAUUAUCCAGUUGUGGUCUAAAUAAAGUGGAACCUCAA